AAACUAACCUAAAAAGCCUCAAAACCCUGCAACCCCCAGACCCUCCCUUUUAACAAAUCUUGGAUUUGCCAGUAUACUUAGGUCAGCAUAUGAUACGCUCAUAGAUUUAGUCUAGAUCCGCUCCUUAAAUGUAAGGCGUUGACACGGGUGGAUUACAAAACAGCGCGUUCUGCAAGUUCAAUAUCAAGCUCUUUGUGGUGAUGUUUGGAAACAGAAGUCGGCAAAUUCAGGAUGUGUGCCAUUGUACCUUAACAUGAAAAUAGAACCCCAGGACACAAUAUUAUUGGAUUGUUUAUAAUCUGACAAUUCAAAAUGACUGACAUUGAGAUUCAAAAUAGACAACAGCCAAUGGAAGGGGAAAUAACUGAACAACCAGAGGCUGAAAAGACAAGGACUCAACGUCAGCCACCAAUGGAAGGAGCAAUAAUAAAACGCCCAGCAAUGCAGGGGGCAGUUAUCCAACGUCAACCCCAAAUGCAGGGGGCAAUUAUACAACGUCAGCCCCAAAUGCAGGGGGCGAUUAUUCAACGUCAGCCCCAAAUGCAGGGGGCGAUUAUUCAACGUCAGCCCGGACGGCGGCAGCCCAUGGAAGGGGCAAUUAUCAAAAUGAGAAAAUGGAUGGAACACCCUGGGGCAAUUGAAGGCGUACCCCCGGGCAUGGAACCUCUUGUUGGACUGGAUCACGUCCUUGUCAAACAGAUCAUGGAAUAUAACGAAAUGACUUCAGGGUCUGAGGGAAGAAACGAGUACGACAUUCUGAAUAAGUUGGGGGAGCAGAUCUACAAGAUUAAGGAGCGGUCUGAGGAGUUACAGAGAAUAAUGUACGGAAACUGCCGAGCCUUCAUUUUCCCAGUCCGUGAUAGGUCGGGACAGGAGGUGAUGCGACUCAGUCAUGAGAAAUGCCAAGGUUGCACAUGUUCCUGUAUUCAAACAACGCCUGAUUGGGGAUUCGAAAUUCCAAUCGAAGCGCCACCUGGUGUAGUAUUAGGUUAUUCCAAGGAAUGGCACGAGGGCUCCGGAUUUAAUGUGAAGAUUAUGGACGCUGAUCGGCAACAUCUUUACAUGUUAAAUGGUGACACGUGUGCUUGUCAGGGAUCGUGCUGUCCUAAUGAUCUGGAGUACCCGAUAACUGACGGAGAUGGCAACCAAGUGGCCAAUAUUUACAAACGAUGGGCUGGAUCAUUCCAGGAGUCUAUGUCCGAUGCCGACACUUUUGGACUUACAUUUCCUAAAGACAUGAUCAUUAAUCACAAGAUUCUUCUAUUUGGAACUAUAUUCCUGGUGGACUUUUUGAGACAUGAGAAAUCUGGAGGCGGUGGUGGACGUUAAACACGGGAAGACUCGGAGAUCAUGAACACAUCGAGGCAUCAGGUGAACUCUGGAUAGACAGGGAGGGGGGUACCUGCGUAACAUCGUAGAUUCAUUUUCAUUGAUAUUUAACGCAAUCCCUAAUAUUAUACGAUUUUGAUUACAGAUUAUUCGAUUGAUUGUUUUCUCCUUAAGUGAGGAGAACAAAUUUUUUUCACAACAGAAUAUGAUUUGUGUAAAACUAUUAAUUUUCUUUCAGUAUAUACAUUGUAUUUUACCAUGUCACUGUAUCGAGGGUAAAAGAAUUUUAAUUUAAUUUAAAUUUUUUAUAUAUAUAUGUAUUUUGCUUUUUUGUUGUUGUUGAUAAACUGGAUUUCAGUUUCAAAAUUAUUUGCUUCGAAGUGUUUAGCGAGAGGGAAUAUAUGACUAGAGUCAAACUUUCUACACCGGAUUUUGAUCCAUUUGCAGAGCUACUGAGUUUUCACUCGUUCUUUUAUGUACUUAUUAAUAUCAACAUUGAAAUAAACCAGAUAUUAACAUACAGUGCAUGUGAAGAUAUUAGCGGAUCUCUAUUGCUGAUUUUUUACAUAUAAUGUUUUAAAUGUAACUUGUUCGUUGUGCCAUUUGGUGGAGGGGGGGGGGGGGUAAAUAGUUGUGUAUUAACGUUAUGUUUGUUUAUAUUUCUUUCCAUGUUGUACAACUUUUAAUAAAUUUCUGGAAAUUAUUUUGUGUACUAUAGUUAUGAUUCAAACAUGUGGUUGUAAUUAUUCAUGAGGAAGACAAAGUCCUUCAAAGUACAAGACUGUUUUUGUUUUAUCGACAUGAAAGUA